CGCAGCCUGCGCCGCGCAGCCCUAGCGCGCGCCUCGGGUGGCGCUUUCCCCCCAGGACCGGGUUGACCUGUGGGCUUAAAAAAACUUACCAAGACCGAGACAAGUGAACAGUGCUGGAAAGAGUGAUAUACAGAGAUAGCAAAUAAAACAAUGGGCCGUGCAUGGACUAAAAGAAAGUGCUGGAUUCUGACUUAAAGCCUGCCACCAGAUGCAACUUUACAAUUGAGCUUAAAAAGUAAUAACUCAAGUAUUUGAUAACAGAGUGGAACAGUUAAACAACUAUCUAUGUGCUUCCCAUGAUAUGUCCUCUAUACUAGAAAAUUAUGACAUCAACAUCCAAAGGAAUCCUCCGGCCAUUUUUAAUUGUCUGCUUUGUCCUGGGCUGUUUCAUGGCGUGUCUGCUUAUUUACAUCAAACCUACCAGUAGUUGGAUCUUCAGUCCAAUGGAGUCUGCCAGCUCAGUGCUGAAAAUGAAAAAUUUCUUCUCAUCCAAAACUGAUUAUUUUAAUGAAACUACUAUUCUGGUGUGGGUGUGGCCAUUUGGGCAAACCUUUGAUCUUACAUCCUGCCAAGCAAUGUUCAACAUCCAAGGAUGUCAUCUCACAACAGACCGUUCACUGUACAACAAAUCACAUGCAGUCUUGAUACAUCACCGAGACAUCAGUUGGGAUCUGACCAAUUUACCUCAGCAAGCUAGGCCGCCCUUCCAAAAAUGGAUUUGGAUGAAUUUAGAAUCACCAACUCAUACUCCCCAAAAGAGUGGAAUUGAGCACCUGUUCAACCUGACUCUAACUUACCGCCGUGACUCAGAUAUCCAAGUGCCUUAUGGCUUCUUGACAGUAAGCACAAACCCAUUUGUGUUUGAAGUGCCAAGCAAAGAGAAGUUGGUGUGUUGGGUUGUAAGUAACUGGAACCCUGAGCAUGCCAGGGUCAAGUAUUACAAUGAGCUAAGCAAAAGUAUUGAAAUCCAUACCUAUGGGCAAGCAUUCGGAGAGUAUGUGAAUGAUAAGAACUUGAUUCCUACCAUCUCUACUUGUAAAUUUUAUCUCUCUUUUGAAAACUCAAUCCACAAAGAUUACAUAACAGAAAAGCUCUAUAAUGCUUUCUUGGCUGGCUCUGUACCUGUUGUUCUGGGACCAUCCAGGGAAAACUAUGAGAAUUAUAUUCCAGCUGAUUCAUUUAUUCAUGUGGAAGAUUAUAACUCUCCCAGUGAGCUAGCAAGGUACCUAAAGGAAGUUGACAAAAACAAUAAGUUGUACCUUAGUUACUUUAACUGGAGGAAGGAUUUUACUGUAAAUCUUCCACGAUUUUGGGAAUCACAUGCAUGCCUGGCUUGUGAUCAUGUAAAAAGGCAUCAAGAAUAUAAGUCUGUUGGUAAUUUAGAAAAAUGGUUUUGGAAUUAACGUUUUUCACCACUUGCACAUUUAGUAAAAUUUUUUGAUGAGCCAUCAUCCAAAUAUUGAGGAUAACAAGAAAAACAAUAUUCUGAUUUUCUAUCACAAUUUAUUUU